UUUGUCCGGUGAUUGUCUUCCCUAUCCAUAGAUUCUCUGUUCACUCGCCAGGUCUGGUCGAGUUUCAGUGCGCACGGUCACUCAGUGGACCCCGCGGAGUCCCCGGCAAGAGCAUUUACGAUCAAUUUGUCAAUUUUUGUGAGAUUAACUUCCUCGUAGUUAUAAAUCGCGUGAUUUCCAAGCGUUUGGCCGAGAAAUUCUAUUGAACAAGAUCGGUGAAACAAGAACGAUGGUAGCCUCUGGCAAGGAUUCCCGGGAGGAAGUCAUCCAAGCAUGGUACAUGGACGAUAGUGAUGAAGAUCAAAGAUUGCCUCAUCACAAAGAACCCAAGGAGUUUGUGUCUUUGGACCGGCUCACUGAACUUGGAGUUCUUAGCUGGCGAUUGGAUGCUGAUAAUCAUGAAACAGAUCCUGAACUGAAAAAAAUUCGGGAAGAACGUGGCUACUCCUACGAGGAUGUUUGUGAGGUUUGCCCAGAAAAGUUGCCAAAUUAUGAAGAGAAGAUCAAAAGCUUUUUUGAAGAACAUCUUCACACUGAUGAGGAGAUCCGUUAUUGUGUUGCUGGAAGUGGUUAUUUUGAUGUCAGGGAUCACAAUGAUGCUUGGAUUCGUGUGUGGGUAAAGAAGGGAGGAAUGAUCAUCUUACCUGCUGGAAUGUAUCAUCGGUUUACUCUCGAUGAGGGAAACUACAUCAAGGCUCUUCGAUUUUUUGUUGGUGAACCGGUUUGGACUCCCUACAAUCGCCCACAUGAUCACCUGCCUGCAAGAAAGGAAUAUAUUGAGACUUUCGUGAACAAGGAUGCCACCAACCAUGCUGUUGAUGCAACUGCCUAAGAUCUUGUUUUGCUAAGAUUAGCAAGGAAUUAAUGGGACUGACUCAUGUUUCGCCCUAGACCGGAAAGGCCAAUAAGAAAAAGGGUCGUUAAAUAAAGAUACUUAUUAAUGCUGUCUAGUCUGAGUCUGAGGGACAUUUUACUUUGUUGCUAUGUAUAGCAUAAACUUCAUGCCACUGGUAUGUUAUAUGGGAAAAUUUGAAGUCCAAUUAGUGGUUACAGGAAACAGAACAAUAGACUUAGUCAUGAUGUUAUGUUUUGUCGUAGCAGAUUGUUUACUUUGGAAGAUUUCUACAUUCACUAGUGCGAAACUGUGAAUGCUUAUAGUUGGUGAGCAUUCAUAGUGAAAGAGAAAAAAAUAAUUGGUAUAGAAAUGAUGUGCGUUUUAUAUGUAGUCAAA